GUAACACCCAUACGGUCAUACUGCAUAUUUUGUUGCAUUGUAGCCGUUUUUAAUGUUUUAGUCCAUAUUUAUGUAAAGACGAAAUUGCAGAAGUGCGAAGCACAUCAAUGUGCACAAGGCUGUUAAAUAAAUAAUCAAAUAGAGUGCGUCAAUUUCAAUACCGUGCUGGAUCACAUCGCCACUGGAAGAUUUGACGAAAUACUUGAGAACAAGGUAUUUGAAGCACACAGAAUACACAGUAGCUAUGGACGUCGAGGAAAGCUACGAGUCACAAAGCACAACGGAGGCGCCGCCACAGCAGGGACCCCAGCAGCAGCAUCAUCACCAUCACCAGCAGCAACAGCAGCAGCAACAGCAGCAUCAGCAGCAACAACAAAUGCAACAGCAAUUGCUACAAGAUAUGCAAUGCGAACCGCUAUUUGGCAUUACCACAAACACAACAACAACAACAAAUCCAAUGAUGGACACAAGCAACAUUGCAAUACCAUUGCCGGCACCGCCUGGGACGGGCAUCGUCUUGUCCUCGUCUGUAUCAUCAGUCUCGGCAUUGGCAUUACCAUCCCCCGCCCAAGCAGCUCAAAUCAAGGGCCUCGGGUCGGCUCUGCCAACAAAUGACUAUGAUAUUGACUCUCUGCUCUUGCAGCAAUUCAGUUGUAUGGGCACCACAGACCACGAGGAUCUGAUAAGUCAGUUCCAGAGUCUCAUGAAUAAUCAAAUGAAUCGCGAGUCGGCUCGUUUCUAUUUGGAAAUGAGCAACUGGAACUUGCAAACUGCCGUCGGUUGCUAUCUGGACUUUUGUAGUCUGCAAUCAUUGCCUUCGAUGAAGAUUGUGCAGGGCCAGCAUGUGAAUGCACUGCAGCAAGCAUUUCAGGUGCAAAACGAUGGCACUGAACGCUGGCCCAACGGCUGUUAUUUAACAUCGCCAAUACAGACGCAACGCAUCAAUGUGCCGUCCCUGCGUCCGGGCGAAACUUGUGAUAUAUUGGCUGACCUGAUGCCCACACAGCCGGCCAUCAUGUGGCGCAUGUGUACGCCCAACGGUUGGUACUUUGGCGAUACUAUCUGGAUGAUCCCGCCCGGCACUCAGGCUAGCCAGGAUGAGCUACAGCAACGCAUGGUGCAGCUAAUCACCUCGGAUGCUAAACCAGAGGUGUAUCCACAGAUCAAAAUAGUGAUAACAGCGCAUACGCAAUGAGAGGCGCAGACAUUUUCAUUAAAUUCUUCAUAUUGCGUUGCAAUUCAUUUCGGACUGCACGAAUCGUUAUUUCAAAAAUGAGACUUUUUACAUUUGGCUAGCUUCAAUUCCGCCUUUGAUUCGAAUUCAAACACAAAAAAUACAUUUAUUUUUUUAUCGAAGCAUUUGUAAAUCGAUUAGCAAACAUCAAAAUU